UUUGUCUUGGUGAUUGAUGUUGGCCCGUCGAUGCAUAAAGCUCUUCCGGAGAUAGAGAAGCUUUGCUCUAUGCUAGUGGUGAAGAAGCUCGUUUACAGUAAAAGCGAUGAAGUGGGAGUUGUUUUGUUUGGAACAGAAGGCACGGAAAAUGCGUUAACAACUGAAGUGGGUGGAUAUGAUCAUAUAACGGUUCUACAAAAUAUCAAAGUUGUCGAUGAGCAUCUUAUUCAGGCUGUAGAGCAACUCCCACGAGGAACUCAUAAUGGUGAUUUUCUUGAUGCCGUAAUUGUUGAGAUGGAUACGCUGAUAAAGAAAUAUGGAGAAACAAACAAAGGAAAGAAACAUCUUUGUCUAAUUACAAAUGCACACUUCCCUAAACCUCCAUUAGAGGGAAGUAAAGAAGAUCAAGUUACGGCCAUUGCCGGACACAUGAAUACACAAAGCAUGAGACUUGAAAGUAUAGUCAUAAGAGGACUUACUGGGGAAGCAAAGAAAAGCAUAGUGGACGAGAAUGAUCAUUUAUUGGAUAUAUUCUCAAAGACAACAUGUGCGAAGUUAGUACAUGUCGAGACUCCAACCUCGUUGCUAGGUGCUCUUCGAACUCGGAAAAUUUCUCCUGUUACAAUAUUCAGGGGUGAUCUUGAGCUGACCCCCAAAAUGAAGAUAAAGGUAUGGGUUUACAAGAAAACGUCAGAAGACAAGUUUCCCACUCUGAAGAAAUUUUCUGAUAAAGCCCCUCCAACAGAUAAAUUUGCGACACAUGAAGUCAAGGUGGAUUUUGAGUAUAAGAGUGCUGAAGAUCUGAGUAAAGUCAUACCUCCAGAACAGAGGAUCAAAGGUUAUCGUUAUGGACCUCAAGUAAUUCCCAUAUCAUCUGCUGAAUGGGAUGCUGUCAAGUUCAAACCAGAAAAAAGUGUGAAACUUCUGGGAUUUUCUGACGCUCAGAACAUAUUGCGACAUUAUUACAUGAAAGAUGUAAACAUUUUCAUUCCUGAACCGCAUAACACAAGGGCCAUUCUUGCAGUUUCUGCCUUGGCAUGAGCAAUGAAAGAUACGAAUAAGGUGGCAAUUGUGCGCUGUGUUUGGAGACAAGGACAAGCGAGUGUUGUUGUUGGGGCCUUGACACCCAAUGUGUCUGACAACGAUAAUAUUCCUGAAUCUUUUUACUUCAACGUACUUCCUUUUGCUGAGGAUGUUCAAGAAUUCAAUUUCCCGUCCUUCAAUAAUUUCCCAGCAGCAUGGCAACCAAAUGAUCAGCAGCAAGAUGCUGCUGAUAACUUUGUGGGGAUGUUUGAUCUUGUACCACCUGGAAAACAGGAGCUUUUGCCGCCUGACGUGGUGUACAUGCAAAGCUCACAUGUAUACGAUAUUUUUCGUCAUCUCGAGUUAAAGUCAAGGGACCCAGAUGCAGCUGUACCUCCAGUCGAUGAAACCCUCAAGAAGAUUAGUGAACCAGAUAAGGAGCUGAUUGCUGAAAACAAGUCUAUUAUUGAUGCAUUUCGUAGUCGUUUUGAUGUUAACAACUCAAAGGAACCAAACAAGUUCAAUGAUUUUCUGCGGUCUCUGUGCAAAUACUGCCAAGAGAAUUACCUAACCAGUUUCUGUGAAUUUCUUGCAACCAAAGAACUCACCUUGAUUCCCAAGGCAGAAGCUAUAGACAUUGAAGUUACAGAUGCUGAAGCUAGAAGCUUUCUGGUCAAACCAGAGCCAAAGUUGGAAUGAAUGUUUCAGUGCUGAAAAUGGUAUGGUCGUAUGGAUCUACUGCGAUGUUGAACGAGAAAUCAGUCAAUCAAUAUGUAGAUCCCAAAUUUUGUUAUAUGUGGCUUGAUCUGUGGAUAUUUCGGAUGUAUAGAAAUGCGGAAACAUGAAGAAAUUGUAUCUUGCUACACUAUUGCUGUUCUAAUCAGAAGCCCCAACUCUU